UUUAAUGAACUGGUUUCUCUGUUCUUUGCUCUGGGUAUUUCAGAGUUUUUAAUAGUUCUUUGUUCUAUUAUUUUCCUUACCUGCAUUGGAUGCAGAAUUAAACACCAAAAGGAAAUUAUAUGUUCAGUUUCACCGGACCACCAAAAGCUGCAGCUACUGGACACCAGAUCCCAUCAUUCCCAGCCAGCUUGCACAUUGACAGAUACCUGUGACAGUUUUCAACUCAUCCUUCCAAAAGGCUCCAGGUUCAGGGUGAUUGCAUAAGUACAGGCAGAUCAUUCAACCUACAACUGCGGAGCACCCAGAGUAAAUGUGUGACAUGUUUAUUGUGCAGAUGCAGGAUGGAGGAUUACUGCCCAAUGCUACCAUCACUGAGAAAGACUUCACUGUAUUUUGAUCCUAUCUCCAUUCCCAUACCCUAUAUCGUUUAUAGAAGCCUGGAUCUCCAUCGCUGACAAAUUUUUGAAAUGACUGUGGCCUUUGCUCUGACUUUUCCAGGGUUGAAUUAGCCAAUAAAAGAGCCCCGUUUUUCCCCUUAGUAGGAAUGUAUAUUGUGUAGAUCCCUGCCCCACCUUCUUGAAUAAGAUAAUUUACCUUUCUCUCCUCCCCAUCAGUAACAGCAGCAGCCUGUGACGUGAUUUGCUUGCCUGUCAAAGGCAGCUUUUCCUCAUCGUAACAACCCUCUCCAGUUUCUCUUUCACCCUCCCCAUCUCUUGCUUCCCCGCCAUCUUUUAUGGCCGUUGCCAUGGCAUCCAGGGAGAGCUAAGCACCGCAGCAGGGAAGGGGAGGAGGAGGCCCAUGCUGCAAUUUCCAGUCUGUUUCCGUCCUCCCUGAGCUCAUCACUCUCUUCCUCCUCCUCCUCUUCCUCCUCCUCCUCCUCCAAGGAGGGAUGUGGCUGAAGCUCUGGCUCUUGCUGCUGGGUGGGUGGAUUCCCUCCUCAGCCAAAAGAAAGUAGGGGGGGAGGAAGCAUCUGCUGAAGGUUUGCUGGAAGAAGCCUUGGUGGAGGGGGAUAUGGAUCCAGAUCGCCCCUCCCUCACCUUUCAGCAUCUCUUCUUGGCUUCACCCCGGACUGCCCAAGGAGCUAAUGAGAAGAUGUAAUGUCACCUUGUAGAUGCCACAACAUAUUGGAUGGAAAGAAAUAAAAAAAAUGGAUAUUUCAAUUUGAAAAAGAAUUCUCACACACAGAUUUACAAUUACAAACAGCCAUGUCCAAAAAAGGACGCAGCAAGGCUGAAAAGCCCGAAGUACUGAUUAUGUCCUUACAAGCUGCUAACGAAGAUCUCAGGACUAAGCUGACAGAUAUUCAAAUCGAGCUUCAUCAAGAGAAGUCUAAAGUGAACAAACUUGAAAGGGAAAAAAUCCAAGAAACAAAGCGGAUCCGGGAAUUAGAACAGCGCAAACAGACCGUGCAGAUCACUGAACUCAAAGCUAAACUCCACGAGGAGAAGAUGAAGGAGCUACAAGCCGUCCGGGAAAACCUGAUCAAACAGCAUGAGCAAGAAAUGGCGCGGACAAUGAAAAUCAGAGACAGUGAAAUCCAGAGACUCAAGUCAGCCCUGUAUGCAUUGCGGGAAGGGACCAGCGAUAAAGUACGGACAGCCCUCAGCAUUGAGGCUCGUGAGGAGGCCAGGAAACAAUUUGACUCUGAGCGCCUUAAACUUUUGCAAGAGAUCGCUGAACUGAAGUCUGCCAAGAAACAGGUGGACGAAGCCCUGAAUAACAUGAUCCAGGCGGAUAAGAUCAAAGCUGGGGACCUCCGGAGUGAACAUCAGUCCCACCAGGAGGCAAUCUCUAAGAUCAAAUGGGAGAGUGAGAGGGAUAUUCGCAGGCUGAUGGAUGAGAUCAAAGCAAAAGACAGAACUAUCUUUUCUUUGGAGAAAGAGCUGGAGACCCUGACAGGAUAUGUUCAGAAGCUUCAGCUACAGAAAGAAGCAUUGGAUGAGCAACUGUUUUUGGUUAAGGAGGCUGAAUGCAACAUGAGCAGUCCCAAAAGAGAGAUCCCAGGCAGAGCAGGAGAUGGCUCGGAACACUGCAGCAGUCCUGAUCUACGUAGAAAUCAGAAGAGAAUGGCAGAACUCAAUGCUACUAUUCGGAAACUGGAGGACAGGAACACUCUGCUUGUGGAUGAACGUAAUGAAUUGUUGAAACGUGUUCGAGAAGCCGAAAAACAAUGCAAACCUCUUCUGGAAAGGAAUAAGUGCCUCUCUAAAAGAAAUGAUGAACUCAUGCAAUCGUUGCAGCGCAUGGAGGAAAAACUUAAAGCAAUCACUAAGGAAAAUUUAGAGAUGAAAGAAAAAAUGGUAUCACAUCCUCCUCUAAAGAAAUUAAAAUCGCUCAAUGACCUUGAUCAAGCAAAUGAAGAACAAGAAACUGAAUUUUUGAAGCUUCAGGUUAUAGAACAACAAAACAUAAUUGAUGAGCUGACAAGAGAUAGAGAGAAACUUAUUCGACGGAGGAAGCAUAAAAGAAGUUCAAAGCCAAUUAAGAGGCACGUUCUGGAUACCGUUUAUGGGGGUGAUGAUGACUCCAUGGACUCUGAAACAUCAUCCAUGGCUUCAUUCAGGACAGACAGAACACCAGCAACACCAGAUGAAGAUCUAGAUGAAAGCUUAGCAGCUGAAGAAUCGGAGUUGCGAUUUAGACAAUUAACAAAGGAAUAUCAGGCCCUGCAGAGAGCCUAUGCAUUACUGCAAGAGCAAACUGGGGGAAUAAUAGACGCAGAAAGAGAAGCUAAGGCACAGGAGCAACUCCAAGCUGAAGUUCAGAGAUAUAGAGCAAAAAUAGAAGAUCUUGAAAAAAUAUUGGCCCAGAAAGGACAGGACUCACAUUGGGUAGAAGAUAAGCAACUUUUUAUUAAGAGGAAUCAAGAGCUUUUGGAUAAGAUAGAAAAAUUGGAAAUAGAGAACAAUCGACUACAACAGGAGCUACAGGAUGCCAGAGAUCAGAAUGAACUCUUGGAAUUUCGAAAUCUAGAACUUGAAGAAAGAGAAAGAAGAUCUCCACCUUUUAAUCUACAAAUCCAUCCAUUCUCUGAUGGUGUAAGUGCUCUACAAAUCUACUGUAUGAAAGAAGGUGUCAAGGAUGUUAGCAUUCCAGACCUUAUAAAGCAGUUAGACAUCUUGGGUGACAAUGGGAAUUUGAGAAAUGAAGAGCAAGUGGCUAUAAUUCAAGCCAGUACUGUAUUAUCUCUGGCAGAAAAGUGGAUACAGCAGAUUGAGGGGGCUGAAGCAGCUCUGCACCAGAAGAUGAUGGAACUGGAAAGUGACAUGGAGCAGUUCUGUAAAAUAAAAGGUUAUCUGGAAGAAGAACUGGACUACAGGAAACAAGCUCUUGAUCAGGCCUAUAUGAGAAUCCAGGAGCUUGAGGCUACCCUUUACAAUGCUUUGCAACAAGAAACAGUGAUAAAGUUUGGAGAACUGCUGAGUGAAAAACAGCAGGAAGAACUUCGAACUGCGGUAGAGAAAUUGAGAAGGCAAAUGCUGAGAAAAAGCAGAGAAUAUGACUGUCAGAUCCUUCAAGAGAGAAUGGAAUUGCUUCAACAGGCACAUCAGAGGAUCCGAGAUUUAGAAGAUAAAACAGACAUCCAGAAGAGGCAGAUAAAAGAUUUGGAAGAAAAGUUUCUGUUUCUGUUCUUGUUCUUCUCUCUUGCCUUUAUUCUUUGGCCUUGAUGUCAAUGUGCCUCUUGAAAGACUGAUCAACAACACAGAAAAGUCCUGAGAAGGCAGAUGCUUCCAAACCCACAAAAAGAACACUGUUUACAACUACUUUAAAACAAAGCAACAUUCUGCAAUCAAGACCACUCCCACCAUGCAGUUUAAAGCCAUUAUUCAAGAUUUGUUACUUGACAGUUCCUGUCUAAAGCUACAAUAUCAGCUGCACUUAAAGGAAUUCUGUGAGGAAGAAGAGAAUAUCCCAGCAGCAUACAUCACUAAGAUUAUUUCUUUAAAAAAAAUCAGCAAGAAGCCACAUUCAGCAGAUUGAAUAAAAGUAUGUCAGGCAAGGAACCAAAGUGACUACAGACUAUCAAUCCCUGCUGUGCAGGGGUAUUAUUUUAAACAUAAAACAUCAACUUCCCAUAAAAGUCUUCAAUAAUUGAGGGGACAAAGUAUUUAGAGUUCUAAGAGGACCAUUACAAUAAUAUCCAUUUGAAAAAAAAUUGGCUUUCUUAAUACAGGGACACUUUUUUUUCUGUUUUUAAACUCAGGAACAAUGACAGCUGCAAUGUGAACAAAAAAAACUCUUAUUUUUGUUUCAAACUGGGUGGACAACAGGAUUGAUAUAAUUGACAUUAACCUACUGCUGCCUACUGGAUCAAGGAUGAUCAGGCCUAGUGAGAGUGGCUGACAGUGCUUGUGAGGACCAAUGCUGUCGUCUUAUGAAAACCCUCCAUGAAGAACUGUGCGCUAGAAAUGUAUGUUACGUCAAAUGAAAAACUCUUCCAAGAAUGCCACACUAAUUUAACUAGCUGCUUAAUAUCUAUUCAGGAACUGGGAUAGAAGGGUAAGAAACAAUGGCAUUUGAGAAGAAGCAAACACCUUUAGUGAGACUUCAGCUUCACAAAAUUUCUUCUUUUAAUUCAUUCAGCAGUUAAUGUGCUUAAUGAAAUAAGCCUUUUGUUUUCCCUCAUCAUGUUUCUUUUCUUCACUGGCUGCAAGAAUUGUAAGGAGUUCAUCUACAUCUCUUGAUUAGCAAGCCUGCACGUAAAAAUGCAAAUUUAUUUUGUGAGAAUAGGUCUGAAAGUAGCAUUAAGGUCUAUAGUAUCUUAAUGCAGCAUUUCUUUUCUAGGUGACAAGGUAUUACCUUCAGUUUUGAUGGUUUUCCUUAUGGAAGUAUUUCUUGGUCAUGCUCAUGGUCCUUUGAAAUCACUGACUUGUAUUUGAAAAAAAAUUCCUAUUUAUUAAUUCCUUGCAUUCAGGGCAAGGGGAUCAGUGCACUUAAGACAGCAGGAGAGAUUAGUGGAGAUUAGUAUCCCACCACUAUUGCUCCCAAAAAUCCUUACUGCCCAAUUUUUCCAUUUGUACUUUCCUCUUAGGCUACCACAUCUGGACUGUAAAAAUCCAAACGACCAAUCAAAUGGCAACAAAGUGUCUUCUGCAUCUCUUUGCUUGGAUUUUUUUUAAUCUGCAGCCCAGAUAUGGUAGACAUGUUUAUUCCCCCUAUAGACCGCCCAACAAGGGUUGGACGGUCACCCAUAAACCUGUAUAAUUUAAUUACAUUUAAAAAUAAAAGAAAUAAUCUUAUUUUUCUUCUGGAUGUUUGUUCCUGAACUCAUAUCAAUAAUAAUAGCAUCCAUCUUUAUAAGUGUACUUUAGCUUAGCACUCAAAAUCGGUCUGAAGUCAUCUAGCGAAAUCUCUUCCAAUCCGAGAUUGCAAGGCUGAACAUUUUGAGCAUCUACUGCUUGCUCAUCAUCAUGCCUGAUUUGAUACCCAAGUACAUUAAUUAGCCCUAUAUUCACCCAUACCUGGCUUCAUAUCUGCUCUUUAAAAAUCCAUCCUUUCCUAGUAUUUGUUUGGGUCACAGGUAGUUUGGUGGACUUUGCCUCUGGGAAUUCGUUAGAGGGUCAGGCAAACCUUGAAGAUAUUUCUCUAAGGGACCCUCAGGCUCUUUCAGAUACUUUAGAUUUUAAGUUAAACACAAUUAGUAUUUAGCCAUCCAGAAAAAAUAUUGUUAUUUAUCACACAAUUAUGGUAAUAGCAGACAACUGGACUACUCAAUGGAAUCUCUUGGUCUGUUCUUUCUCAAGUACAGUUCUGAGUUGAGUCUGUGUAAUCAGUUUUGUUCUAUCAACCAAAGAACAUAUCAAGUUGGUUUCUAAAAUCUGCUUCUAAAAUUCCAAAGGAGGCAAGGAUUCAGCCCUUGUAGUCAACCAGUUGGUACGCUGAAGAUUUUGAUAUGUAUUGCAUGCCUCAAAGUACAUACUUAAUAUACUUUGAUAAAUUUACAUCAUAUAAUUCCAAAAUCUUACUUAGAUCCAAACUAUAUCUCUCUUUGAACUUGUCCCUUCCUUUUAGAUUUUCAUUGAAUAGGACCAUUACAACUAAAAAUAUAAUAAAGAGAAAAGAGGUACAUGUCAAACUUUGAAUUGCUUAAUGAUAAGUUACUUUUUGGCCUCCAACUUCAAGAACAUUCUUCCACAUGUACCAGUCUGCUCUGGACCUAAGCAUGCAACUAAAGCUUGCUGGGAAAUGUCCAGGCAUGAAAUUGUCCUUGUUAGAUGAGAAUGCAUUGUAGGUUGCACACAGCACACAAGCAAACAGUAGUACUGAAAAGCAAAAUAUCUUCCUUUACUGAUCUUGUUCCUUGAGGAUUCUCUAAUAUUAUCUGUUUCUGCGUUUAUUAUACGGUAAUAUACCUUGCAGAAUAUGAUUAGGUUUCCAAAGAGCAACUCUAUAUGAAACAGUUUAAUGUAAUUUAUUUAUAUAACGUAUUCAGCAAAAUUGAUGAUAUUCCCCAAAAACCCAAUUUUUUUCUAUCUAAACCCCAAUUUUUUUUCUAUCUUGUGAUUGACGUUUUUCAUCUGCCGUUUGCUUUCUAUUGUCAAAUGAUUCCAGUAAAAAAAAUUAAAUACUUAUUUUCAUUUCUUUUUUAUAAUUCCCUAGUCUUUGUCAGAGGAAUCCCAGAAGCUACAGAUGAAAUUCAUGACGACUGAUAUCUAUACGAAACUGAAAGUUUAUGGAGAUAUGCGUAGUAGUAUGCUAUUUGCCACCUGUACCAUUUAGUAUAUGAUUUGUGGUCCUAAUUGCUAGUUAACAUAUUAUUGCUGUAUUUUUGCUACCAAGGAGGACAGCAAACUGGUGAAGCUGCCUGUUACUGCCUGGAGGACCAUAAGCACAUGAACUUGAUAUACUAGUUGUUGCUGUGGUCCAUCUACCGGGAAGUAGAGGAAAGUGAACCAAGUAAACUUAUCCAUGUAGCAAUAGUAAUAGCACUUAGACUUAUAUACCUUUGUGGUUCUAAAAUAAUUGAGGAAGAAAUAUUCAGCGUGCAGACUAUUUCCUGUUUUGUAAGAGAAUGUUAUAGAUCACCUCAGUCCAGUUACUGGCAACUACAACACACUGAAAAGAUAUAUACACAGUGAAUUCUUAUGACAGUCUAAGCCAGUGCUUCUCAAACUUGCUGGCUGGGAAAUUCUGGGAGUUGAAGUCCACACAGCUUAAAGUUGCCAAGUUUGAGAAACACUGGUUUAAAAUUUUCCCUCUCUAGCAUUAGUGCAGUAUAAAACUGAAAUAAAACAUGCAGAUGUAUACACACAAACACAGAGACAAAGACAUACACACACAAUGUGAUAUUUAAAAGAAGAAACAUUCAACAGCUAUAUAACAUCUUCCAUGAAACUUAGAAUGUAGCAGUAUGAUUUCUUUAUAUCACUGGGACUUUGCGCUUACAGCUACCAUUUCUUAAAUGUCUCGGUUUUCUUAUAGGAUUGGGUCAUAAAUAAAUACCCAGCUCUAUGUUUCAAUUGUGUUUUCAACAUGCAAAUUUGCCUUGUGUGACCACUAACCUGUUUCACUGAUGGAAGUGAUUCUUCUUAAAAGGACCAUGUCAACAUGCAAUUGCAUCCAAAUAUAAACAUAACUUUAUUAGGUAAUAAUGGCUGAUAUCACUGAUAUAUUUGCUCUUGUACCCAUGUAAAUCUUCUAUUCUGCAAAUAUCAUCAUCAGACAAUACAGUACAUAAUUUGCCUUUGUCAUUUGACUUCCUCUGUAUGGAGUGACUGAGAUUUCAUCCUUUUAACAGUUCAGAAAAAUAGGUCUUUCAGUCUGGGGCAAGAGAGUUGCGUUGAUAGCAUAUGGCUUGUUGUCUUUUGUCACACUUGUCCCUUGUUGUGUCUUUCUAUUCUCAUGGAAUUUAAUUUCAAUUGCUCCUCCAUCCUUUGAAAAGUAUCACUUAAGGAAAUGCUAAGGAACAGUCUUAGCAUGCUGAAGAAACUACAAUCUUCUCAGCUCUGCCUUUAGUAUUGCAAUAUGUUCUUUGUAAAUGCAUGUUCAGCCCACUUUCUCUGAUAUGUACAACCAGAUUUUUGAUUAAAGCUGUGGAGGAGGAUAGUUAAACCCCAGCUCCAUACAUGAAGGUUUACUAUGGAGAACAUUCAGAAGGGGCUUUUUUCCCCCCUCUGCUCAGUGAAACCCAAUCUGUGCCUAAUAUCCACCUCUUGACACUGACUCUCAAACUCUCCACAAGUCAACAUUAGUUCCCUUAUAUACAUAUGUAUGUCAAUACAUUCAUAUUUUUGUGUACAUUAUAUAUAUAUAUAUAUAUUUCUGUGUACAUAGUAGGAUGCUUUUACCUCUUAUGAAACUAUAUUUCCACUUCCAAGAAGGAGUUUGCGGGAUGAAAAGGGUGUUUCAGAGGCAGGAAGCUUCUGGGAAAGGUGAAGGUGAAUUCGCAGUUUCAUCCUAAUGAAAGUGGCCCUAUAGCACCAACUAGCACAGGAAGUCAUUGUAUGUGUGUACAGUUAAUCCUACAAGCAUUUGUAACCCACCAGACCCCGCUGGUCAGGCCCACUGGAAGGAUCUCCCUACUGAAUUUUUCAUAAAAUAAAGCCAGAUGGAUUAAGCCAUCGCAACUGGCUCCUUGUGUUUUCAAUUUGACAUUUCACUGACAACUCCACAGUAUUUUUUUUUUCCAGCAUCAACACCACGUGGCUUCCAUUGACAUCACUAUUGAGAAAGAUGUCUCAAAUUAGCCUUUUGAAAUGAAAGGGGGUGUGUGUGCAUUUGUGUGGCAAAUAUUCAGUAAAAAAGCCUCAUAUGCAACUCAGCAGUAUUACUUUUCACAACUCUUACAAUACCACGCUUUCCCUUUUUGACAUGUGGAAAGGUAACGCAGCAUAGUUUUCUUGCAAGUGUGGUAACAUUUCCAUUUUCUCAAGGGCAGUCAGCCACCUGGGAAUCAGUUGCUCUGGUGAACUAACGAAGUAUUUUCCUCUGUUAUUUUCUAUUUGGACUAUGCUAACUGACCCCUUUUUAUCUCUCUGAAUUUAAAUUCAGGAAAGUGCUACUCUAUUUGAUUGCAAUUCUACUUUCUCUACUGCAUCUCCUUGUAUAUAACUUCCUCCCCUUUUUGUGUCUAUACUUCCAGAAGAGAAUUGUAAAUUAUUUGGCAGGAUGACUCUUUGAUAAACACUGGGACCCAUGUAUAUGUACUGUAUGUAUUAACGUGUAGAUGAAGAUCCUUACUGUAUGUAAAGUUUUAUGGAUGGUUAUUUUUUAAUUUAUGUAUUUAAUAUAGGGUUCAAUGACCACUGGUGUUUUAGUUUGUAUAAAAAAAAAUAAUAAAACUGCAGCAUUUUUUAAAACUUCA